CAGUUAUUGUUGAUGCUUCCACGUGCUAGCGGUGGCAGUACAGCUAUUUUUGUAGCCCACAAAUUUAUUAAUUAAUUUAAUUGAUGGCGCUUUUGUCUAAGAAAAGGGCGCAACCUGCCGAAGACAUUGAUUCGCCUUCCGCCUCGGAAAAUGAUGAAGAUGAAGGCCAAAUCGAUGAAUGUGACAAUGAGGGCAAUCCCGCUUGGGCAAGAACGAUUGCCAAGCUGUUGCAGCAAAACCCACCUGAGAAGCAGAAGAAGACAGUUCUCUCCCGAGCCAAGAAACUGAAGCCCAACGAUGCUCAAAGUAGUAGUAGUAAAGGAAAACAAGGCUAUGACUUUGAGAUCGAUGGAACAGAAGUGGAACCUAAAAAGGAAAAGGAUAUCAAAGAAGAGAAGUCCUCCGCGCUGGAUUCUGAACUAAAGCGUCAACAGCGCAAAAAUGUGCCUCUACAGCUGCGUGUAAAGCCCGAUAAACAGGAUCUCGAGCGAGAGCGCAAUCUCCGCAAGGUGGCUACACGGGGCACGGUUCAGUUCUUCAAUGCGGUGCGUAUCCAGCAGAAGGAUUUGCAACAGCAGUUAGCUGAGGCUGGACCGCUUGACAGUCGAAAGGAUGCAGUGCUCAACAACAUAGACAAGGGCAAGUUUCUGGACGUGCUGAUGAGCGGUAAGCGCUCCAAGUCCACUGCCAUAGACAACGCGGUGAAGAAAGAGGAGCCGGAGUCGACAACUGAUGAGGAUGACGACGAAGACGAGGACAAGCCCACACAAGGAGUUGGCAAUAAAAAGAAAUCCGAAUGGAAUGUGCUGCGCGAGGACUUCAUGACCAACAAGAAAAUCAAGCACUGGGAUGAAGAAGACGACGAAGGGGAAGAAGAGGAAAACAGCUCAGAAGAUAGCGAAGAUGAAUAAAUAGUAUAUAAGAUUUAGUGUUUAAUAAAAAUUAAUCAAUUAACCA